AUGUCUGUGGCCGCAUCGGACUUGGCCUGCCCAAAUCCAUCAAGUCCAAAGCUCAAGGAGAUGUUCUUUGUCGCUGCGAAGGAGCACGGCCAAGAACGAGAUGACCUGCCCUUGUGGGGCUUGCGCCCAGAGAUCACACCAAACCUGGCCUUCCCGUUGACCAGCAGCGGCCGCAGUGAUCAUGUGAGGAGGCAAGAUGUCCAGGGCCUACGAGGCGGUUUUCAGAUCUUGGAUCUGCUGUCAGUGGAGGAGUGCGAGGCAUUCGUAGCAGUACUGGAAGGACUUGGGUUUCAUACCGACGCUGCCGUAUCACUGCCGUACUCCUUCCGCCACAUGACGAACUGCAAUUUGUGCGUGCCGGAAUUUGUGGACGAGCUGCUCUACAAGCGCUGUGAGCAUCUUCUGCCGACGAUUGCAGGCUACAAGCCUGUUGGCCUCAAUGCCAAGUUCCGCUGCUACAGGUACCAGGCCGGAGAUUACUUCAAGCCGCACACAGAUGGUGCAUGGCCGGGUUCCCGUGUCACGGGGAAAGGCUUUCAGAGUGAUGCCUUUGGAGACCGCUUUAGUCAACUGACGUUUCUGAUCCUGUUGACCGAUGACUAUGAAGGAGGGGAGACCCGCUUUCUGCUGGAAGACACAUCCGUAGCUGUCAGAACACCGCGUGGUGGCGUUCUUGUUUUUCCUCACGGAUACCAUCCCGACAGCCCCCUCCAUGAGGGAUCACCGAUCCACUCGGGUGUCAAGUACAUCAUUCGGACUGAGGUGUUAUAUCCACUGGAGGCGAUGAAGAUUCGCCAAUCCUGA